GCACACGCCCUGUGACGCGUCACAUUCACUCGUUCACACUUAUCAGCACAAGCUCUCCCAGUCCCUCUUCUGUUUACUUAUCUUUCUUACAAUUCAAUUCCGGGACUGGCUCUCUUUGUCCAUUGAAGACAACCACUUACAGACAAACCAAUUCCCUUCUUCGAUCUCCAUAUCCCAGCUCCAUUUACCUCUUUUAGGUUUCCGAUGAGCUUGUUCAGCUGCAAACACGUCUCUUUUUCUCUGACACUUUAGCUCAUUCUUUUCUUUCCUUACUUCUCCAUCAAUAAACAAAUGCAGAUCUCUUUCUAUUGGCUGUAAUCUCGCCACUUUAUUUCUUCUAUUUGAACUAUUUUCAAUUCUCAGAUCUGUUUUUGUACCUUUCUCCUUGUACGCGCUCUUUUUCAAGCAAAGCACAUUUUGUACCGCUCUCUUUGUCACUGUUGUUAUAAAUACAGUAAUAAGAUCUUUGGAAGUGUUAACUGUCCUUCUAAACCAACAAAAUUACGAAAAUGGCUCGGGUUUUCCUCCUUUUUUCUCUUAUUUUACUAUCGUAUGUUAGUUCCUUCUCUCUGGCCAGCGUGAUAACGUGCUCCGGGAUAGUACCGUUGAGGUACCGAAACGAUACGAUAUCGAUCACCGAUUUUGGGGGUGUCGGUGACGGGAAGACGUUGAACACGAAAGCUUUUCGUGAGGCGAUAUAUCGGAUUGAGCGUUUGAGAAGAAGAGGUGGCACGCUACUUUAUGUACCUUCUGGGGUGUACUUAACUGAAAGUUUCAAUCUUACUAGUCACAUGACUCUUUAUUUGGCUAGAGGUGCUGUUAUCAAGGCCACUCAGGAUACUGAUAAUUGGCCCUUAAUUGCUCCCUUGCCAUCUUAUGGAAGAGGGAGGGAGCUCCCUGGAGGAAGGUAUAUGAGUUUUAUUCAUGGAGAUGGACUUCAUGAUGUAGUAAUCACAGGUGAAAAUGGGACCAUUGAUGGUCAAGGAGCAAUCUGGUGGAACAUGUGGAGGCAAAGAACUCUUCCCUUUACAAGACCCAAUCUCAUAGAAUUCAUAAAUUCUAGGAGCAUAAUAAUUUCCAAUGUGAUCUUUCAGAAUUCUCCUUUUUGGAACAUCCAUCCUGUUUAUUGCAGCAAUGUCGUUAUCCGAUAUGUUACCAUCCUGGCUCCAUUAGACUCUCCCAAUACUGAUGGCAUUGAUCCAGAUUCAAGCUCUAAUGUCUGCAUAGAAGACUCUUACAUUUCUACUGGAGAUGAUCUUGUGGCUGUGAAGAGUGGAUGGGAUGAAUAUGGGAUAGCUUAUGGCCGUCCUAGUUCUGGCAUCACCAUCAGGCGAAUUACAGGAUCGUCACCAUUUGCUGGAAUUGCAGUUGGAAGUGAAACCUCGGGCGGAGUAGAAAAUGUCUUGGCUGAGAACAUUAACCUUUACAAUGUGGGAGUUGGUAUACAUGUGAAGACUAACAUGGGUAGGGGAGGAUUCAUAAGAAAUAUCACAGUUUCUGAUGUGUAUAUGGAAGGUGCCAGGAAGGGAAUAAAAAUAGCUGGAGAUGUUGGCGAUCACCCUGAUGAGAACUUCAACCCCAAUGCUCUCCCAGUUGUAAAGGGCAUCACAAUAAAAAAUGUCUGGGGUGUGAAGAUCCUGGAUUCAGGUUUAAUACAAGGCUUGAAGAAGUCUCCCUUCACUGGAAUUUGUCUCUCUGACAUUAACCUUCAUGGCGUCCAAGGACCAACAUCUCCUCCUUUCAAGUGCUCUGAUAUUAGUGGAAUUGCUUAUCAGGUAAAACCAUGGCCUUGUUCCGAACUGACCAGCUCCCAACACACUGGUUCAUGUUCCACUUACGUUUGAUUUGUUACUUAUUCAUGUAAGAUUUCAUCACAAUUCAAAUUAUUAAUAAAGUUUGAUAGAGUUUUGCAUCA